UGUGUGACAGACUAAUUUUCUAUCAGCCCUGGGGAGAUGUCUAACCUAUGAUUGCUUCCUCUCAUUCUCCUUGUGCCCCAGUGAACGGCCAUUUUUCCAUCUCAAUCCCUGUGAAGUCAGACUUUGCCCCUGUCUCUCGGUUGCUCAUCUAUGCGAUUUUACCUACUGGGGACAUGAUCGGGGAUUCUGCAAAGUAUAAGGUUGAAAAUUGUCUGGCCAACAAGGUGCAUUUGAGCUUCGACCCAUCACAAAGUCUCCCAGCCUCACAGGCCCACCUGCGAGUCACCGCUGCUCCUCAGUCCGCCUGCGCCCUCCGGGCUGUGGACCAAAGCGUGCUGCUCAUGAAUCCUGACUCUGAGCUCUCCACAUCCUCGGUUUAUAACCUGCUACCAGUAAAGGACCUCACUGGCUUCCCUCAGUAUUUGAAUGACCGUGACGAUGGAGACUGCAUCAAUCGUCACAAUGUAUUUAUUAAUGGAAUCACAUAUUCUCCAGUAUCGAAUACAAAUGAAAAGGAUAUGUAUAGCUUUUUGCAGGACAUGGGCUUAAAGGCAUUGACCAACUCAAAGAUUCAUAAACCUAACAUAUGUCUACAACCUGAACCACUUGGGAUGUAUGCACCAGAAGAUCUACGAAGCGCACCUUAUGACUCAGAGGUAAUGCGAAGAGGCCAUGCACUCAUGAUGCGUGUUGAAGAGCCUCCUCCCACAGAGACCAUACGAAAGUACUUCCCUGAGACGUGGAUCUGGGAUUUGGUGGUGGUGAACUCAUCAGGUGUGGCUGAGGUAGGAGUAACCGUCCCAGACACCAUCACCGAGUGGAAGGCAGGGGCCUUCUGCCUGUCCAAAGACGCUGGACUUGGUAUCUCUCCCACCGCCUCUCUCCGAGCCUUCCAGCCCUUCUUUGUGGAGCUCACAAUGCCCUACUCUGUGAUCCGUGGAGAGGUCUUCACACUCAAGGCCACUGUCCUAAACUACCUUCCCAAAUGCAUCCGGGUCAGCGUGCAGCUGGAAGCUUCUCCCGCCUUCCUAGCUGUCCCAGUGGAGAAGGAACAAGGGUCUCACUGCAUCUGUGUGAACGGGCGGCAAACUGUGUCCUGGGCAAUAACCCCAAAGUCAUUAGGAAAUGUGAAUUUCACUGUGAGUGCAGAGGCACUAGAGUCUCAAGAGCUGUGUGGGACUGAGGUGACUUCAGUCCCUGAAUAUGGAAAGAAAGACACAAUCAUCAAGCCUCUUUUGGUUGAACCUGAAGGACUGGAGAAGGAAACAACAUUCAACGCCCUGCUUUGUCCAUCAGGUGGUGAAGUAUCUGAAGAAUUAUCCCUGAAACUGCCACCAAAUGUGGUAGAAGAAUCUGCCCGAGCUUCUGUAUCAGUUUUGGGAGAUAUAUUAGGCUCUGCCAUGCAAAACACACAAAAUCUUCUGCAGAUGCCCUAUGGCUGUGGAGAGCAGAAUAUGGUCCUCUUUGCUCCUAACAUCUAUGUUCUGGAUUAUCUAAAUAAAACACAGCAGCUUACUCCAGAGAUCAAGUCCAAGGCCACUGGUUAUCUCAACACUGGUUAUCAGAGACAGCUGAACUACAAACACUCUGAUGGCUCCUACAGCACCUUUGGGGAGCAACAUGGCAGAAGCCAGGGCAACACCUGGCUCACAGCCUUUGUUCUGAAGACUUUUGCCCAAGCUCGAGCGUACAUCUUCAUCGAUGAAGCACACAUUAACCAAGCGUUCACAUGGCUUUCCCAGAAGCAGAAGGACAAUGGCUGCUUCAGGAGCUCUGGGUCACUGCUCAACAAUGCCAUAAAGGGAGGAGUAGAAGAUGAAGUGACCCUCUCCGCCUAUAUCACCAUCGCCCUUCUGGAGAUUCCUGUCCCAGUCUCGCACCAUGUUGUCCGCAAUGCCCUGUUUUGCCUGGAGUCAGCCUGGAAGGCAGCACAGGAAGGGGCCAGUGGCAGCCAUGUGUACACCAAGGCACUGCUGGCCUAUGCUUUUGCCCUGGCAGGUAACCAGGACAAGGAGAAGGAAGUACUGGAGUCACUUAAUGAAGAAGCUGUGAAGAAAGACAACUCAGUCCAUUGGGAGCGUCCUCAGAAACCCAAGGCACCAGUGGGGCGUUUUUACCAACCCCAGGCUCCCUCUGCUGAGGUGGAGAUGACGUCCUAUGUGCUCCUCGCUUACCUCACGGCUCAGCCAGCCCCAAGCUCGGAGGACCUGACGGCUGCAACCAACAUCGUGAAGUGGAUCACGAAGCAGCAGAACUCCCAGGGUGGCUUCUCCUCCACCCAGGACACAGUGGUGGCUCUCCAUGCUCUGUCCAAAUAUGGAGCAGCCACGUUUACCAAGACUGGGAAGGCUGCACAGGUGACUAUCACCCAGUCUUCAGGGACGUUUUCCAAAACUUUCCAAGUGGACAGCAACAAUCGCCUGUUACUGCAGCAGGUCUCAUUGCCACAGCUGCCUGGGGAGUACAGCACGAAAGUGACGGGAGAAGGGUGUGUCUACCUGCAGACAUCCUUGAAAUACAGUAUUCUCCCAGAAAAGGAAGAGUUCCCGUUUGCUUUAGAGGUGCACACUCUGCCUCAAACUUGUGAUGAACCCAAAGCCCACACCAGCUUCGAAAUCUCACUAAAUGUGAGUUACACCGGGAGCCGCUCUGCCUCCAACAUGGCGAUCACUGAUGUGAAGAUGAUCUCUGGCUUCAUUCCCCUGAAGCCGACAGUGAAAAUGCUGGAAAGAUCUAACCACGUGAGCCGGACAGAAGUCAGCAACAAUCACGUCUUGAUCUACCUGGAUAAGGUGACAAAUCAGACACUGAGCUUGUCCUUCAAGGUUCUGCAAGAUGUCCCAGUAAGAGAUCUGAAACCAGCCAUAGUGAAAGUCUAUGAUUACUAUGAGACAGAUGAGUUUGCAAUUGCUGAAUACAGUGCUCCUUGCAGCAAAGAUCUUGGAAAUGCUUGAAGACCACAAGACUGAAGAGCGCUUUGCUGGAGUCCUGUCCUCAGAGCUCCACAGAAGAAACAUGUUUUUGUAUCUCCAAAGGCUUGAUGAAUGAACAUUUUUGUCUGGUCAAUGUCUUUCCAUGUUUCCUGUUCAUUCAAUAAAUAUUUCUUUACAUUUCCA